AUGUUCCUCUCAAUUACCCCCUCCAAGUUACACCAUCAUCCCCACGUGAGCGUUGAGCGUGCCCUUCCAGGACACCACCAGGAGAGUCCAAGAAGGCUGGUGUCCGGGGCUGUGCCAGGACCCAGUAAUGUGCCCAAAAGGACCACUGCUGUGGAAGACACAGUGUGGCGUGAACUGUCCCGUGACAAAUGGACAGAAUCUCAUGUGAGCUCCUGGUUGAAAGACAUUGGAAUAAAAGAGAAGUACAUCAUAAAAAUGCAGGAGGAGGAGGUGACAGGGCCAGUUCUCACAAAAGGGGAGAAUAUUCAAAUGAAGUGCAAUGCCAACCCAGCUCCAACAGAAGCAUCAUCUUGUGACUAUCGGCCCUUUGACCAGAAUGAAAAAAACUGUAAAUACGUGAAGCACAAUUUGCUACCUCCAGAGACAGGAGUUGAAAACAUGAUUGUUCCAUGUCAUGAAUAUAAGUCCCUGGAGAUAGCACACAAACUGGAUUCAGAAAGGCUGAAAUCAAAAGUUGCAAGUGAGGUGUUAAGAUUUGCAUGUGCAUGUAUGAAUAUGCGAACCAACGGGACAAUUCAUUUUGGGGUUAUGGAUAAGAGAAGAGGUACACAUAAGCAUGGUGAAAUCAUAGGGAUUCCUGUCAGGAGUCAAGACGAUUUUGUUGAUGCACUAGACUACAUUGAAAGAUGCUUCAAAGGAUCAAAUCAACAAAUUGAUGGAAGGAAAUGCAUAAGGAACCCCCGAUUCAUUGAGGUCUUUGACAAGGAAACUACUGAGAAAACAUGGGUCAUUGAGUACGAUGUUGUCCCAAAAGCGAGCAUUGUGAAAAAUAAGCUUUACUCUGUCGGUAUCCCAAAUUUCUCUGAAAAGGACAAAAAAGUUAAACUAGAAGAUAAAGUCCCUUAUCAGAGAGUAGGAGCUAACUCACCACGCAUACUUGAUGAUGACCUCAUUCAAUUCAUUCAACAACUGAGAGAGAAAGACCAACAGAGAGAAGAGGCAGAAUCUUCAAGCAAUGAAAUGACUGUUGACUGUAGAGAGGAUCAAAACAGGAGACUUGCCAUCCUCUUAACAUGUGGGAACAAGCAUAUGGACAACUCUCUGUUUUACAUAAUAGUGACCAACAAAUGUCAGCCCGAGCAUCUCAGCAGCUUAACCUUCUUGCUUAACAUGAAUCCGUUCUGUGUGUUUGAUUUUGACCCUGAUUCAAAGACAUCUGGUCUUUGUAGUAAAUAUAAGGAGCAGAAGGCUGUAAACCUUCACUUUCUUGACGACUACGCAAAUAAUGAUGGGCUGAAGUCUGCAGACUUUGUUGACUCUUUGCAGCUUUUUGAGAAAACAAGCUGGAUUUUCUGCAACGGCAGAACAAACUUCCCUUCUGGAGAGACAACCUGUGAUGAAAAAACCUGGAUCAAAACAAGAAAGAAGAAACUUAAAAAGGCAGUGUCUGUUAUUUGCAAUGACAUCCUUCCCGGGCGCUCAUUUGUAGUCCUCUUCCUGCUCAUGUCUGAUGUUGAGCAGCCACUUGUUGAGACAUUCCAUGAAUUCUAUGCAGAGAUGAAUGGACAUGAUUUUUUGGCAGUCAUUUCAGAGUCAAAGGAAAACUUCAAAAAGUGGUCAAGUCUUGCCCAGGUGUCUUGUCCCAUGUCGUCACUCAAAGAAAUCAGCAUUGUUGAAAUGCCACUGAGUCAUGUGGAUGCCACAGUUCAAAGCAUUCAACUCACAAAGAAUCAACCUACAAGGACAUUACCGGUCUCAAAUGGAGGACUGUGCUUCUUAAAGUCAGUUGAAGAGGCUAAGAUAGAUUCCUUGGAAAUCAUCAGUGUUGACCAGUGUGAUGACACGAAGUUGGAGAUCAUGAGUGAUGAGGAAAUCAAACAAACUGAGAGCUACUUCUACCGAGGUGGAAAGAUAGACUGGAUUAAUUUCUGGCUUGCUGACAAACACAAGUGUGGAGAUAUCAUCAAGAGGGAUGCCUAUAACGACGCAAGCACAAUCCUGGACAACAUAACACACCGUACCAAAGCCAUACGUCCAAUCGAGAGUGUGAACAUCUACCAUCAACCUGCCAGCGGUGGUAGUACUGUGGCAAGACAGAUCCUCUGGAGCUGGAGAAAAAAAGUGCGAUGUGCUGUUGUAAAACAGUUUAAGGACAUUACAACUGUGUGUGAGCAUGCAUUGAGACUGAGAGAACAUGAAGAGAGAGACCAAAACAACUGUCUGUCAGUGAUCUUGCUCUUGGAGGACUGCAAUGCAGAUUUUAUAGAUGGUCUCAGACGGGACCUUGGGAAUGUCAUUGCAACCAAAAAAAUAAGCCCCUCUGUGUUGUGCUUUAUCCUCCUCAUCUGCAACAGGUCCAAUGAUCCAGAAAGAAUGUGCAGAGCAUCACCAUCUCAAACAGUUGCAGUCAUACAUGAGCUUACAAAUACAGAGAAGCCUUUGUUCUCUAAAAAGCUUGAGCAACUUAAACUGCAGUUUCAACCAGAGUUCAUCCUCACAUUUGUGCUGAUGAAUGAAGAGAAUGAAGAGGAUCAGCGUAAAUACAUUGAGAAUUUUGUGAAAAACCUUCUACAUAAAAUUGAUCACUCAUCACCGAUCACUCGCCUCAUCAGAUUUGUGGCUCUCAUGAAUUGCUAUGUUGACGACUCAUACAUAUCUGUUUCACACUGUGAGGCAUCUCUUGGCAUAGCUACCCAUAUGGAUAAAACAAAGCACCACGCAUUUGUGGACCAUCUCAGUGAUGAAGCUAGGCUUAUCUUCAUCCACCUUAAAGAUCGUUCAACACACAUCUCAUCGAUACGGAUUAUUAAUCCAAAGGUGGCCAAGGAAAUUCUGUGUCAGCUGUCUGCGAAUUUGCCGCAGAGUGAUAUUGCCAUGGAUCUCAUAAACGACAAGGUCCUUAUCAAUCACAGGUUUGGCAAAGAUGACUUUCUGAAGUUCAUCAAAGCUCUUUUCAUCAGACGCAACAAAAAGAGCAGAGGAGAUCUGGUAGACACAGCUUUUUCACCGUUGAUUGAGCAUGUCCGCACCAAAAAAGAUGGCAUUCAGAAAGCUGCUGAUCUGAUGAAAGCUGUUUACCUCGCUUUGGAGAAAGAUCCAUUCGUGGCACAACAGCUUGCCAGGCUCCUUUACACUGAUAGGAAAUUUGAGGAAGCCCUAGAAUGGGCAGAGGAAGCAAAAUCUCUACUGCCAUUUGACAUAUUUGUCCUUGACACGUUGGGACAAGUUUACAAGAGAUGGUUUUACCACUUGUAUGACAGCCUUCAUGAAAAUGAACCAUCCCCUCAAAGGGAUAUUGAAAUCAUAGGCACUGCACUCAAAGGAAUUUCUACCUUUCGUGCUUCUGAGAACACACCAAAGAAAGAGACUUUCAGCCUUAACAGUUCAUACUACGGGGAAGUAGAUGUUGCCUGCAGGCUGCUGAAAUUCCUGUCAGAAACCGAAGUUUUUUCAAACAAUACUGGGAAAUCAGAAUUGAUCCAGUAUUUGACAACGGAGUACAUACCAGCAGAGAUCAAGCAACCCUGGCAGAGAUUUCAUCAUCAGUUGAAAGGAUUACAAAAAAGCUUGAACCAUGCACUUGAGUGCAUCUCUGAAGACCUAUGCUACUUUCAAACUGACGUUAGUGAAGAGGAUGAAGAGUUUGAUCCAAGGGAUCCAGAACAAGUCUAUAAUCCUAGAAAAUGGCUGCGAAAGAAGAGUACUGUUUAUGCUGAUUUUUUCAUGAUACCAGAUGAGAUUGACCAAGCAGCUGAAAGCCACAGUACUGACGUUGCCGUUCCAGCUGAAAAGCUUUCUCCAUUCCAAAAACAAAUGAGAAUCUACAGGCAUGGGGGAGGAAAUUUUACAUCCAUUCUUGCAUUACUUUUUGACAAGGACAAACCAAGGGCAGGAAGAAAACUUGAGACAAUCAUCGGCAUGUACCCAGAAAAUCUGACCAGGAAUUCCUUGGACCCAAUCGAACUUGCAAACUUCAUCAUUUGCCAGAUAGCUCUUAACUGUACACUACCUGGGUCAUCAAAGCUCCUCUCCAUUGAAACGCUUCAAAAUCUGAGCAAAAGAUUUACUACAAAGGGGAGAAACAUGCCAAAGGCGAGUGCUCUCUUCCUUCUCUCCCUGCUGUUUUGGCCUGAAACUAGCACUACACUCGGUUCUGCUAACAGUGACAUCCUUUUAUCAGCCAUUGAUGACCUUCAGAGACUCUAUGAGCAAAAAAGCCAACAUCUUACUCUGCGGAAAAGUAGAAUUGUGACCCACUUCUUUCUGACAAAGGCAAAAGGGCUUAAUAAGAUUGUCCACAAAAGUGCAAUUGAAAAGCAAGUUCAAUGCCGCCCAAGUGAAAGAAAACUGAAAUGGCUUGAGGGGGAAAUAUGGAGAAACAAGGAAGUUAUGAAGUUACUGGAACGUGUUGAAGGAUGGACAGAGAAUGGAAAGUUGUUUGUGAAUGCUGGAACCAAAGACUCCAAGAUCAGAGUCCAUCCUCGACAUUCUGCCUCCUUGCCAAAUGGAAAUGAAAGAGUUACCUUCUACUUGGGCUUUUCAUUUGAUGGAGUUGUUGCAUGUGACAUCAAAGAAAUGGAAUAAUUUUCCCAAUGAAAAUCUGCAAAUAUCAGCCCAGUCCAGUGACAAAUCAUUUACUGGGGUAUGAUUCUCAACAAAUGAGACUUGUGGAUCUAAGGGUAUUAAAAAGAUGGUGAAAGCAAGCAGCAUAUUCUUUUCUCAAACUCUGAAAACAAAGCUCAAGCAUUGAGCUGAUUGAAAAUCAGUUUUUAAGAUUAUUCAUUCAUUCUCCUUAACCACUGAUCUGAGCUCAGGUUGUGGGGGACUAGAGCCGAUCCCAGCUGACAUUAA